AUGGGAGAAUUAAGUUUCUUCCUAGGUUUACAAAUCAAGCAACUGGAUAAUGGCAUCAUGAUACAUCAACAGAAAUAUGUGAAGGAACUAUUGAAGAAGUAUGGUAUGGAAGAUUCAAAGACUUAUCCUACACCUGUACCUACUGCACUUAAGUUAGAUCGGACGAAAAUGGAGUCUCACUUCAAAGCUGUCAAACGAAUCCUUAGAUACUUAAGAGGCACUAAUAACUUAUAUCUAUGGUAUCCUAAAGGAGGCAACUUUGACUUGAUUGGUUUUUCUGACGCAGAUUAUGCAGGAUUUUUAGUAGAUAGAAAAAGUACCUCUGGAACAGCCACCUUCUUAGGUCCUUGCUUAAUCUCAUGGGCUUCCAAAAAGCAAAAUUCCGUGGCUCUUUCCACUGCAGAAGCUGAAUAUGUUGCAGCCGCAUCUUGUUGUGCACAGGUAUUAUGGGUAAGACAACAACUUAGAGAUUUUGGUGUUUUGAUUGAUAAUGUGCCCAUUAUGUGUGAUAAUACAAGUGCCAUAAACAUCUCUAAAAAUCCUGUUCACAUUCACGUACAAAGCAUAUAG